GAAUUGUCUUGGCUCUAAGGCAGUGAUCAGAGAUAUACCUCGGUCCUGUACAAAGAUGUGGCUCAUUGCACCGUUCCUUGUCAUUGCAACAGCUUUUGGAAAUCCAGAAGGUUUGCUUUUAAAUUAUCAUGAACAGUGUGUAGUAUUUUCUUUUUGUAUACUUGCCUUUUUUAACAGUAUGGAAGCCAGUUCUAUUGUAAAUGGAUAUAGAGCAUUUCCUAAUUUUUCAAACUGGACUGUUUUCCCCAAUAUAUGUCAAUUUGUCUUUCUCGUUGCAUAAAAUGUCUUCUUUUCAAACAUGUUUGAUAUGUUCCACUCUGAAAUCCGUCUAAUGUUACUGGAUAGAGGUUGAAAGUCAAGUUCCCACAUCAGAUAUAAGAGGUUCGCUAUUCCAUCGAACGAGAUGGAAUUGAAAAAUCAACGGUGUAAAGGAUGAAAAAAGUGCAAAACAAGAAAGAAACCAUCCUUCGAAAGCCAAGAGUUCGUGUCUGAUGUACUUUUACAAAACUUCAAUGUCUUUGUUUUGUCCCCGGUUGCAACCGUCAGAUAAUUUUCUUGUCUCCUAUGAUGACGAUUUUGGUUCAAAUAGCGAGUUUGAAACGAAAAACGAAGACAGAGAAAUAUACAAAAGUUAUGGCACAGUCAUGUAGGACGCAAAUCAGUCUCACACAAUGUACCUCAUGUUUCAUUUUAAAAUAAGGGUAAACAAGUGGAAAAUUUUGACGAUUUUCACCUUCACCGUAGUUUCAGUGAUCUCAAAGUAGUAGUAGGACAUGCUGAUAUGAAAUGGUUAGAGAGAUUUAUCUAAUUCUGAACAACACGGGAGCAAAACGGAAAAAAAAAAAAAAAAAAAAAAAAAAACAGAAAAACCAUUUCAACGAGUGCCAAAAGGUGUUCAUGUUUUUUUUUUUAAACUUUACUUGGAACCCUCUACUUUUAACUGUCGUUUCAUUUUCUCAUUUUUUAUUUCAAUAAAUAUUUGAACAGUGUAUAUCCAUCAAUAUAUGAGCUACUUAAAGUACAGCUCUGUCGUAUAAGGUUACCUUUUUCACAAUCAGAAAUGUAAAGCACAAGUCACUCAGUUUUAUGUAACCUGCAAGGGGAAGGGGGAUAUUGGAGAGCUUAAACACCGCCUUUUCCUGGAACAUGAACGGCAGGAGUGACCACGUGACCAAGAUUUUCCCGGUUACACUUUGCCGUUUCAACAUAAAAGUGAACUGUUUCGCGUUUGCUGUGUAUGAGGAAAUUUUCUUCACUCUUUUUCGCAGAGAGUAAAAAAAAAAAAUAAUAAUAAUAAAGAACCGGAAAAAAUGCUCCAAAACUAUACCUGACAAGUCAUACUUAAGCAGAUGAAGUUUCAUGUCGAAAAUUCUUCAAAUUCCGCGAUUUCCUUCAGAAGAGAUGCAAGAUCUCACGUUGACUUACGAAACGGCCUCCAGUCCAUUUCGAGGUGAAGUGAGUUCACGCGAAGCUAAAGCAAUAAAAAUUCAUGCUAUUUUGCGCGAACGUGAAAAGGCAAUGCAAGGCGACGUUCACCGUUUCAUGUAAACGCGGUGCUUAAUCUCUCUAUUGUAAUCUUAUGCCACCGGAAGUCGAUUAUUCAUUGGCUUUGGCAUUCAUAAUGUCACUUGUUUUUUUUCUUUCUCAGAAAACAUUGGUAUAAAAAAUGCCAAACUGUUUGAAGGAGAUAUGAUUUUAAGCACAGCUCAGCGGUUAGCUGCCAUGAAAGGAUUAGAUGUAGAUAGAGCGAGGGGAAACGCAAGAGGCUCAGUCAUGAAUAUGCAAUGGCCAGGAGGGGUAAUGAUCUAUGAUAUUGCAACGAAGAUAGGUGAGGACAAAUGGAGUAAGGACAGAUAUGAAAAACGUGUAAAAUAGGGUUAUUUAUAUUGCCGUUCUACAAGUCUCAUAAUUUGAUUGAUCAAAUAAGACUUGGAAAGAGAUUGCCUUGGUUAUUUCCAAGUAUCCUCCGAUCCGAUCUUUCUUCUCUAGAAUCCCUUGAAGGUAACUCCAAGAGGUCUAAGUUUAAAAUUUCAACUCAGUUCGAUCGCAAAUCGCUGUCAAAGCUCCAAAGUGCAUGCAUCAGUGCAUGUUUUUCGUAUGAGACUUCAAGAAAUAAUUUGGUAGGAUUUUCUACUGAUGAGUUUUAAUGAGAAAGUAUUCUCAAAACGCCGAAAAGAAAACGGACACCCACAUAAAAACAACAAAGAUCAAUGAAAGUUUUGUGAAAAGAAUAAGAAAGAUGGUAAUUCUUUUGCUCGGUGGAACAAAGAAAAAAUUCUGAAGCCCUCGUGAAGAAUCGAACCUCAGACCUUCGGAUUCCGCGCUCCGGUGCUCUACUACUGAGCCACAGAGACUCUAUGGUGAGCGAGGCCCACUACGAAGUUUAAAUAUGACACACGUCCUGCAUAUUUCCAGAAUCAAUGUUGAUAGCGCCAUGUUUUGUAAAUAUGAUUCCGAGAUUCGAUUUCUCAAGUGGACUCAGAUUCUUUUUCUUUGUCCCGCGCUCGUGACAAGACGAAUAAACAUAUUUCUCUAUCAACGAAAGUUGUAAUAGAAACGAGGCUUGAAGAUGAAAAUUCACUUAAUGACAUCGGGUAUUAAGAGGCAUUCCUCCUUUGUAGCGAGGGACGCUAAAAUGAUGUCCAUUCUCAACAAAGCCAUGAAACAAUGGACCAGUAAGACCUGCAUACGAUUCCAAAAGCGCCAACAAGAGCAUGGGUACGCCUAUUUCCACGUAGGCCAAGGGUAAGAGUGAAAUUAAUUCUCUUACUGAUUACACGUGAGGACAAAGCUAAUUACUUUCGACCUACAGGUUUCCCUUCGUCAAUGAGAACUUAAACCUUGUAAUGUUCUUUAUCUUACAGUUGUUCCUCUGAGGUAGGUUAUCAGAGGAGACUCCAAUACAUUUCACUUGGCAAUGGCUGUUGGAGCGUGGGAACAGCAGCACACGAGAUUGGUGGGUUCAUCAAACUUUAAUUUUUUUCUCAGCGGGCAACUGUGUGCUUUAACAGCCCGCUUCUUUUGGCACGCAACCACUCUUAUACCGCUGGGUUCACCCACCAGCUGAGCCUAACGGCUGGUUAUGCAGAAAAUGAGCGUGAUUUAAGCACAGCACAAUACACAUUUAAGUAUACUACAACAAAAAUUAACAGUUUGACGAUAUGCAGUCUUUUCAUUUGCUUAAGAAAAAGCCGGAUUCACCAGCCUAGACAAUAUAUAUAUAUAUAUAUAUAUAUAAAUGCAUUCUGUAAAACCAGCUACUCUUUCACUUGCUUCUAGGGCACGCUCUAGGAUUUUACCACGAGCAAUCUCGUCCAGAUCGAGACAACUACGUAACCAUAUACAAACAAAAUAUAAUGCAAGGUAGGGAAUUAUCAUAUGACGCAUAUCUGAAAAUAGAGUUGACUCAGGCGUCUUUUCCAACGAGAAAUUAACCCCUUUUAAUUUCUCUAAAUUUCCUUUUUUCCUCUUUUAUUUAAGCCUACCUGACUAACGUGAUAUUUCAUAUUCACAAACGCAAUUCUUGAAAACAAUACAAUAAUGAACUAUUAAUACAAAUCGUAAUAAAAAGGCAUCAUUCAAUUACAGACACACUGCUACAUAAAGACUUAUGACUCGAGUGUAUCCUCACUUGGGGCAAUGAUGUCACAUCGAGACGAAAAAGAUGAGUUCAGUUGUUAAGCACUAAAUUAUUUUUAAUUUCGUUAUCUUAUCGCGCUAGGCAUGGCCUACAACUUCAAUAAGUACGGAAGAGAUACCAUUGACUCACUGGGUACACCGUAUGAUUACGCAAGUGUGAUGCAUUAUGACUCAUAUGCAUUCAGUGCCAAUAGAAGACCAACGAUCUUGCCUAAUAAGCAAGGGGUAACGAAUUGAUACAUUAACAUUAGAGGAAAUUUAACUUUGUCUCGAUAGCGCAAUCAACUUGGUUAAACGUUUUACAGGGUUCCCUUGCAAUUGUAGAAUACCCUGAAUAUUCGGUAGGAUCACUUGUGCCACCUCAUUCUUGAUCUUACCAUACUCUGGAUAUCAUCUGUGAUCCAGCCUGAACAGACGCACGACAACAUGGGGUCUAUUUUUUUUUCAAAGAAUGAUCAAUUUUACUGACAGGUGACUAUUGGUCAACGUAAUGGAAUAAGUAGCAUGGAUGCAAAGCAGAUGAACCUUCUGUACAAAUGCCAGGGUGCUGGCGGAAACGGCGGAAAUGGUGGAGCCGGCGAGACUGGCGGUGGAAACAGCGGUGAGUUUUACGCUUGUUUCUCUGCCAUUGAAAACAAAGCAAAUAAAAAAAAAAACUAUUUCCUGAAAAACAAUUGAGCUAUCUAAAUUGAAAUCAGUAUUAUUGUAAAAUAGCGAGUUUGCCAACAUACGAUUCUUGUCAUUUUAGUUUAACUGCUGAUUUGAAUCAGGAAUAGUUAUUGAGGCUGGGUUGAGAAGAAGAGUUUCACUUUCAAUAAAUAUUAGAGAUAAAUUUCAGAAAGGGUGGAAAAGAGUAAUUUGAUUGUACACUAGCCAUUGUAUAUUGCAGUUCCUAAAUUUUGAUUGGUUCACAGGCCAUGGAAUUAUCGUACUUGGAGCACAAAUACAGAAAUUACGUAGCAUUUUUUGCCGCAUCCUACCGUCUCAUUUGUGGCGCGCUCUCAGUGGAAUAGUUCUCAAAAACUUAUGUUGGUUUUAGUUAGUUUAUGUUUUAAUCCCUUCCUAUUCUACUUAAGGUUGUCAAGAUGGUCACAAAAACUGUCGAUACUGGGCAUCAAUCGGAGAAUGCCAAAAGAACCCAAACUAUAUGCUUAAGACUUGCUGCAAGAGUUGCAAAGGUAGGCAUAUGUAAUCUUAAUGUUGAAUUGGUGAUUCAAACCUCUUAUUUCACGUAUUCGAUUACCAUAUGAAUUUUACAGAAACUCAGCAAACCUGUACAUGGUUUGAGAACACAGAACAUUGGAAAACUAAAAGGGGAACACAAAGUUCUCUUAAAUUUGAAAGAUAAAACAUGAUAAUAUUUCUCGCAAUUUCAGUGUAAUAUUUUCAAUUCACGGAGCACGCACCUGGUAGUCCUUAUAUUUUUGUCUCGUCGGUCGGAUGUUUCAUAUCGCUGAAUAAAAACCCCACUGUAAUUUUUAUCAGUCCGAUUGAGCCAUUGCCAUUAAGAAGGGAACUUUGAUCCUUCUUCAAGCUUUUAGUAAUGAGUAAGAAUAUUUGAUGAACACAACUCAAAGUACAUAAAUCGCACCUCCUCAUUUACGUGCAAGUUUUAUCUUCUGUGUUGCUUAACUAUGAUUUCUCUUUUGCUUUGUUCAGUUUGUUCCUUUGUAUGUUUGUUCUCUUACUCGUUUGUUGCUUAACUAUGAUUUCUCUUUUGCUUUGUUCAGUUUGUUCCUUUGUAUGUUUGUUCUCUUACUCGAUAUCAUGAUAGAUAAUGCUUUGAAAGCAGAGGUGUUCCCAAGGAAUUGCUCAAACUGAUGUUUUUUAAUCACCUUAUUACUUUACAGCUGUAACAGGGUGUAAUGAUACGGACAAGAAUUGCGCUUACUGGGCAUCCAUCGGUGAGUGCAAGAAUAACGCUAAUUGGAUGUUGAGCCACUGCAAGAAAAGCUGCCGCAACUGCUGAAAAUGUAGCACUUAUAGUGACGUGUGAGCAACUGAAAUAAACGUGAGCGG